AUGGAGCCUCUGAGCCCCGUGGUCUUUCGCCGAAAAACUCUCACCAACUCUGCGGCUGAAUUCGUCGAGAGAAGAAUGGACAUGAAGUUACUAUCUCAACUUGACGAUUCGACACGAGAGUUCAAUGACUUACAGAAUAACCCCGAAUUUAUUCCCGAGAUCGACCGUUUUGCUCCUAGAGGGACCGUCGUAGAUACCGCCAAACUCUAUAAUCAGUCUAAGAAGAGCAUGUUAAAAUUCCGUUCCACACUUGCGAAUUUUGCCGCUAUGCUCAAGGACAGAAAUGUAGGAUCCAAACUCAACGUUGUCAUCAAGGAUCCAAGCGAGUUCACAAUGGAUUAUAUACUUGAGAUUAUUAACGGUCUGGGAAAAGCCAGUGAGCAUCCCUCUAAGACAACAUUAUGCAAGAAGUUCAUCAAGAGCUGCUACCGGAAAGUAGAAGGCAACAAAGACGUCAUUGAAGGGUUCCUCACUAUGAUCCCUGAUGACAUCUAUGGUUCCGUGAUCUCUGGAGCGAAAAUAACCGAAAAGGUGGUCCAAAAGUUGCCAUUGUCACACCCUAAUGAAGAGGACCGCGAGCAGAAGCUGAGUGUAACCAGUGCAUUGAAGCAAUUGCAAGAAAAAAUCAAAAAUUUCCAAGCGGAAGUCAAUAUAUGCGAUCAGGAAAGGUUAGGACGGGUCGAAAGGGACCUUUGCGGUGUCAAUAAUAGCGUGACGUUUAUCGCGGACCAAAAUAGAGUGAAUCAUGAAGCAAUAAAAUCCCAACAAGAACAAAAUGCGAUAUUAAUGUGUUUUCUCAAGCAGAAAAACACUAGUUUAGCGUCGAAAUGGCUCAAAGGAUUCAAGGGAUCUGCUUACGACCCAAUGAUGGAUAUGAAGGACUGUCUCGAGCACAUAGCGUUACUUAACUCUGACGAGAAGGACAUAUCUCAGUGGAUCCUCCACUCGGAAGAACAUACCCAGUGGCUCCAAGAGGAGAAAUCGAGCAUUCUUGAUAUCGAACUCCAGACACCUACCACUUCCCUGAACAACCCAGUCUCCUUGAACAGUGCGCUGAUCGCCACAAUCCUCCGAAGCACAAAUCAAUUCCCGGUGCUCGCUUUCUUCUGUAGACAUAGAAAUCUCGAGUCUUCCUCUAUGGAAAACCCGAGCUCCGUCGCUCUCGUCAAGAGUCUGACAGACCAACUUCUUAGGUUCAUCGUUGAUCACCGGCCCUUCAUAGACCUCUCGCCAUUGGAAUACCAGAAGCUCUUUUCGAAAGCGAAGAAGAAUCUUAACGAUGGACUCUUGCUGCUGGAUGCACUACUCUCGUCACUGCCAAGGGACGACAUGGCCUUUGUUAUUAUUGAUUCUCUCUCAUACCUCAGGGGGAAGGGGGAAGAAAAGGUCAUCGAAAAGCUGAAAACGAUUUUUAGGAAGAGGAAAGACCUUGUCAUAAAGGUGAUGGUUACGGAUGCGUUUGUUACCUCAUAUAUCAAGAGAGUGAGGGACAUUUCGCUCUAUGUUCCCGAUGUGGUUAGCGGAUGCGGCGUGAUUAAUGUCGUUGAGAGCAGACACGAAAUUGUGAGUAUGACGAAGCGUCAACAAAACGCGAAAGAGGAAGAUGAGGAUUUCCCAUCGGACGAUGAGGAUAACGACGAGGAUGACGAUGAGGAUGAGGAUGACGACGAGGAGGACGACGGGGAAGACAAGGAAGAGGAUUCGGAGGAUGAAGACAAUUAA